AGCAUGCUGUGAAUGGAAAAUAAAAGAAUAUUUAAUAUGCUAUAGCUCUGUUGCUAUACAUUUAUUUUAACGUUCUGGAACAAUGUGGCGGACUUUCUUUUUAAUUUUAAAUUUCAUUUUUUAUUGUGACUCUUCAUGGAUCAAAGAUUUGAAUCUACCUCGACAAUUACUAGAAUAUCAUAUUUCAUCAAACCCUAAAUUUCGCCAAAAAUGCAUUGAAGAUGAAAAGUGUUCAAUUAAUCUUAACACUACCAGGUGCUUUGGCUUUGAGCCAGACUGUGAUAAAAUUAAUUCUUUGAGGACCAGAAGUAAAUUUACAAGUUGUGAGCAGAAUCUGAAUCCAAAAGUUGCUGACCUAUUUUUCAAGCAAGGGGAUUUCGGAUAUUUGGAAUCUCGAUUGGUAAAACAUGAUAUUUGUACAUCGGACCACGUGUCGCUAUCAACUCUAUCUUGCUCUGACGACUUGACACAUUGUGUGGGAACAAAUAUUUUCUUUGAUUUUUCAAAUUUAAAUAUAAAAACCUCAACGAGAUAUCGACAAGAUGUAAUUCAAGCAGGACGAGUUGGAGGUAAAUGUUCAAAUUUCGACGAAAAAGUAUUGAAACAAAACUCAAAUGUCAAAGGAUAUCUAAUGAGUUGGGCUGACGAGCUGCAAAACUUUCGUUCAAGCUCCAAUUUUCAAAUGGAUCAUGAUCACUGUGAUAUUAUAUUUGAGAAACCCACAAUUAUUAUGAAACUCGAUGCCGCAGUGAACUUGUAUCACCACUUUUGUGAUUUCUUUAAUUUAUAUGCAAGUCUUCAUUUGAAUCAGACAUUUGAUCAAGAUGUGGAUAUUAUACUAUGGGAUACUCACCCUGGCGGUUACAAUGAUCACUAUUACGGUGUAACAUGGAAGGCAUUUUCCAAGAAUCAGCCUUUCGAAUUAAAGGAAUUUGAUCAAAAAAAAGUGUGCUUCAAGCGUGUAAUGAUGCCACUUCUAGCUCGUCAGAGAACAGGGCUAUUUUACAACAGCCCAGUUGUUGAAGGAUGUUCUGGAUCCAAGAUGUUUAGGACGUUUUCUCAAUUUAUUUUGCAUAGAUUAGGAAUCAGACAACCAAAAGCUGAUCUGGAAAAAGCCCGUAUUGUAAUAUUAUCAAGAUCAACAGCGUUCCGCAAAAUAUUGAAUAUUAAAGAGAUUCUUCGAUCACUUGGACACCUGCCAAAUGUAUCCACAAGAGUUGUUGAUUACAAUGAAAGAAUCCCGUUUGAAAAACAAUUGAAUAUCACAUCGAAAACUGACAUUUUCAUAGGAAUGCACGGAGCAGGACUUACUCAUUUGCUUUUUUUGCCAGAUUGGGCCGCGGUAUUUGAAAUAUACAAUUGCGGAGAUCCCGGAUGCUACUCGGACUUGGCGAGAUUGAGAGGCGUUAAAUAUUACACCUGGCCAGAAGCCAAGAUUAAUUUGAUCCGUUCCGAUGAAGAAGGAAAACAUCCACAAAGUGGAGAAAAACAUCUCAAGUUUGCUAAUUACCAUGUCGACCCAAUUGAAUUCCGAGAACAAGUGAGAAAGAUGGUUGAUCAUGUACGUGCUCACCCAAAGUUCAUCAAUUCUCGGCGAGCACAGAAAAGGAAGCAAGAGGAACGAAUGGCUGAACAAAACAAAAAAGAAUUAUAAAUUCUGAUUUUCAAUUUUAAUAUUGUUUUAUCCCUUAUCCCUUGUUUUAAUGCUUACUCCGGGUACAAUCACAUGAAAUAAAACUAGUCUAAUUGU